AUGCAUCGCUGGCCGAGCGCACAUUCCGUGGUACGUCUCAGUCUACUUCCCCACGCAUCACCCAUCCUGCGCGCGCGCCGUUCUUUCCGACUUUCUACAGAUGGAUGCCGCGAGCUGCCUAUUAUAAUAUUAAUCAACCUAGUAAGAUAUAACUUUCACGAUCUUAACGAGCGUCUUGCAAUCAUUGAAUUCACCAACCUGAAAAAGGAGCGUCGCCAGCAGCAACAACAGCCUGGUCCUCUUCAUAAUCGCGGUCCGGUCACUCAGCGGUCUGUAACCAAGGAGACACGUUCAGUUUUAACUCGGGAGAUGCGCUCAGCGCGCAACCGCCGCGGGUGCUCGCAUGACGGCGUUGCGAACACUGCCACCGAGGCCCCUAACACCAGCCCCACCAGCCCCCCUAAGCCCCACUCCCCGCGUGACCCACUGACCGGCAAUGCACUACCGGAACUGCACCAGAUGCAUCUUUCACCGAUACGCUGCUGCUGA